AUGGCGGAGAUGAAAUACGAGCUCGUCCGAACCUCUUCAGACGUCAUUACGGGUCAGUUUCACUUUUUCAUAGCCCCCGCAGCAGCGUCGAAAACAGGUGGUGGGGUUAGGAUAGUGACCACGUCAAGCACAUUCGCACUUCAGCACUUCUACAGGACAUUGCGCAGUUUGGAGCAGAGCGGGCUCGAAGGAAAGCGAGGGAUGACAACACCGGGGUCCCGGCAACCAAGAGAGCGCGAGAUUGUGCAACACGAUUUGGCAUGCCGUAAAGUGUACGAGUCGUGCUCAACGCACACUGACUGCUGCGAGGACCUGGGAUGCUUCGACAACUAUUGCAAUUAUUAGCCAUCGAUGGAAAAUCCAGGGUUAACCACCGAGGGCAGCUCAGAAAGUGGGGCUCCCGCUGGGCAAAAAACAAUUCGGGAUACCUUUCCAACGCACAGGAAAAUGGCUUACACUAUAUGCCACUUGCUCUUUCUUCAUGCCCGAUAGUUAUAUGCUACAGUGGGUACGCCCGGAAUAAAAUAUUUUGAAGUGUC